AACUCUGUUGUGCAUUCGAGGAGUAGACUCUUAGCUGAAGAGUACUACCUUCUUCUUUUCUAUUUUUUUGUAUUUUCUGUGCAUGGAAAAGCAACCCAGAGACCCCAGAUCUCUGAUGGCCUUUGUUCACUGGUUCUCUUGCUUGAAUCCUGGUGGUUCCAUUUCCUCCUGGCCUGUUAAUAAGUCUCUGCGUGCAGGUUUUGUUUCUUCACUAUAAUUUGUAGCGAGGUGUCUCUCUGAUGGAAGACCCUUUUGAAAAGAGUAAUGAGAUGGCAACACAUGUCACCUCCGGAGUGGUGCUUUCAUGUAUUUCUGUAUUAAAGUAUGAUUCGGCUAACAUCAGGAAUUGCCGAAAUAAACUAUUUACAGCCCAGAUUCCCCUUUUUAUGUUUCUCCUCCCUGAUGGUGCAUACUCCCAGCAAAAUGCUGCCAUGAAUUGCGAUGCUGUAACCAGAGUAGUUACCGCUAGGCCAAUCUCUUCCUGCUAUUGUCUAGUGCCUGCUGCAUCCUCCCCCCAAUAAAUAGCCGCAGUACAAUCUGGAAGGCUGGGGAUUUAUGAGCAUUGACAGUUCUGCUGGAGGCUAACAGACGCUUGUACUAGGGAAUUCACAUGGUUGGAUGGUUAUUUUAAAGUGUGGGGGGAGUUAAGGAGGGAUAUGAGGAGCUGAUUGGCUGACUAAUUUGGUUGUCUUGUCAAAGUUAACAUUUGUCCCAUAGUUAGGGUGAUUUUUUUUUUCAUAGUGAUUAAUAGAAUUGGCGUUGGUAUCUGAAGGACCUUUUGCAUUGCUCAUUCUGUUAGAUAAAAGUUUUCUUUCUCGCUUUUCCUGUGGGAGCUGCCGGGUAGAGAGGAGUGUGUCCUUCUCCUCUCCCCGCCAUGGCGUAUGCUCGUCCACUGAUAUCUGUGUACUCUGAAAAGGGGGAAACAUCUGGCAAAAAUGUCACUUUGCCUGCUAUGUUCAAGGCUCCCAUUCGACCAGAUAUUGUGAAUUUUGUUCACACCAACUUGCACAAAAACAAUAGACAGCCCUAUGCUGUCAGUGAAUUGGCAGGUCAUCAAACCAGUGCCGAGUCCUGGGGUACUGGCAGAGCUGUGGCUCGAAUUCCCAGAGUCCGAGGUGGUGGAACUCAUUGUUCUGGCCAUGGUGCUUUUGGAAAUAUGUGUCGUGGAGGCCGCAUGUUUGCACCAACCAAAACCUGGCGCCGUUGGCACCGCAGAGUAAACACAACACAGAAACAAUAUGCCAUCUGCUCUGCCCUUGCUGCAGCCUUACCAGCACUGGUCAUGUCUAAAGGUCACCGUAUUGAGGAAGUUCCUGAACUUCCUUUGGUGGUUGAAGAUAAAGUUAAAGGCUACAAGAAAACCAAGGAGGCUGUUUCGCUUCUUAAGAAACUUAAGGCCUGGAAUGAUAUAAAAAAGGUCUAUGCCUCUCAGCGAAUGAGGGCUGGCAAGGGCAAAAUGAGAAACUGUCGUCGUAUCCAGCGCAGGGGAUCUUGUAUCAUCUAUAAUGAGGACAACGGUAUCAUCGAAGCCUUCAGAAACAUCCCUGGAAUUACUCUGCUUAAUGUAAGCAAACUGAACAUUUUGAAACUUGCACCUGGAGGGCAUGUGGGCCGUUUCUGCAUUUGGACUGAAAGUGCUUUCCGCAAGUUAGAUGAGCUGUAUGAAUGGCGUAGAGCUGCCUCCCUCAAGAGUAACUACAACCUUCCCAUGCACAAGAUGCUCAAUACAGACCUUAGCAGAAUCUUGAAAAGCCCAGAGAUCCAAAGAGCCCUCCAACCACCACGCAAGAAGAUUCACCGCAGAGUCCUGAAGAAGAAUCCCCUGAAAAACCUGAGAAUCACGUUGAAGCUAAACCCAUAUGCAAAGACCAUGCGCUGGAACACCAUUCUUCAUCAGGCCAAGAACCACAAGCUUCGGGUGGAUAAAGCAGCAGCAGCACUAGAAGCCAAAUCAGAUGAGAAGGGGGUUCCAGGCAAGAAGCCUGUGGUAGGGAAGAAAGGAAAGAAGGCUGUUGGCCUUAAGAAGCAGAAGCCUUUGGUGGGGAAAAAGGCUGCAGCUACCAAGAAACCAGCAGCUGAGAAGAAGCCCACAGAAAAGGAACCCAACACAGAAGAAAAGAAGCCUGUGGCAUAAGCUUACAUUUGUUUAUUCCAUAACGGUCAAAUCACUUUGGACAGCUAAUUUUGAAUAAAAAUGAUCAAAGGCAAUGAGAAACAUAAAAAAA